AUGUCGACGUCCAAAGCCGACCGACUGGCCAAACGGCUGGCCGACCACGGUCGCCAUCUGUUUGUCUACCACCAAAUAUGGACCAAUCAGGUCGUCUACUCGCUCGAGCGCUCCAUGAAGGUGCGUUACCAAUUGCUACACUUGCUAUACCACCCAGGCCUAACAAUGCCCAANCAGAACAACCAAGUCCUCAAGCAACUCACUUUCGCUGGAAAGAAGACUCUCCCCUCGGCCCUGCGCAAGGAUAUGUGGCGCCCGCUGCUCACUGCCACCUUUCCCUCGCCAUCACAAGGUCUGGCCGCCUUCCGGAAACUGCGCGAACUCCGUAUGCUUCACGAACACAACUGGGAACACCCCGACCCCAAUGCCCGCAAGAUGCCCGACAAGAACAUGCGUGCACACCUCAUCAUGGAUCAGAAGGCCAACUCGAUCGCCGACCUUGCCUGGGUCUUGCGCGACCAAGAAGAGCUGGGUGUCAAGAUGUCACAGAAGCGCGAGGAAAACCAAAAUCGCAUCCGUGAAGAGCUGCUGGCUUUGGCAAAGGAAUCUGAGGAGGGUGGUAUACCCUUGCUCGAGCAAUCCAUCAAGGACCAGGAGGCCGCUAUCAACAAGAUGAAACAGACGCAGCAGGAGGGCAGUGCUGAUGCUCCGUCGCGCAAGCAGAUUGGUGAGAGCUUGAUCGCUCUGAAGCAGAUGCGUCUCAGAUACGCGAAGAUGCAGGCCGCCACUCGUGCCAUCGAGUCGGCACAGGACAAGGCUGCGACGCAACUCGAAGCUCAAGCCGCGCGUGGUUCCGCCCCGGAUCAGAUCAGCAUGGAAAUCGAGCCUCCAACCAUCUUCACCAACCCUCCGCCUGAGCUUAGUCCCAGGUCAAAGGGGCGCAACUCUGCUGUUCCGGCACCCUUGUACACUGUUGAAGGCGUCGUCCUUCGAUGGACCAACCCUCUGGAUGCCGAGUUCGCUGCUGAAUGGCCCGCUGCUGUCCAGCACGAGUUCGCUGGUUUGGCCCGCCACACCGCCGCCCCUGUCGACCAGGAACCCGCGACUUCCGUUGAGGAACUGAUCCAGCGCAAUACCAGCCGGAAAUACCUCACAAUGCGCGCGGCCCGUCCACGUCAAAUCGAGGAGCUUAGCGAGGAUGUUGAGGAGAUUGAUGACGCUGAGUACGAGCGAUUCACUGGCAAGUCUGCUGCCAACCUUGCUCCUGCUCGCCAAUAG